ACCACGCCUCCCUGUUUUAUUCAUUCUGGGGGCUUUAUCAGCAGCCUACAUGUUGACUGCUCUGCAUACUAGACCCAGCAGAGAGAGAGAGAAGAGAGUCGAACCACCUCCACAGACUACCCAUGCUGACAAACACACCGCCUUUUCUCCUCUGUGGACAUUAAAACUCUGCAGCAGCUCCAGUCAGGAUGGAUUUUUUAGACAGCAGCGGCUCUCCGUACGACAACACCUUUAAUUUUUGGAACGACUACCUCGGCCUGUCGACACUUGUGGCCAAAAAUAAGAUCAACAGCCCUUCGUCCUGCAGCCCCAACUCUAUCACCGAGUCCCUUAAAGCGACUCUGGGCUUGGAGGACGACUCCCUGGUUUGCUCCUGCGUAAUUGGACACGGCAGAGACAGCGAUGGACACGUGGACUCCUGCUGCUCACCACAGAUCUCCAUCUAUGAUCUGAAGGAGCACAUCUCGCUGCUGAGGCCCUACGAGCACCUUACUGGGGAUUCACCGCUGGGAGACAGAGAUUCACCCCCGUAUAGAGGGAGCUUCACCGGCCUGGAUCUGCUCUCCAUGGACAGGAGGCGCAAACAGACUCAGAGGGGCAAACCGGAGCCCAAGGUGUGCGUCUUCUGUCGGAAUAACGGUGCUCCGGAGGAAGUUUACGGCACCCACAUCCUGAAGACAGCAGACGGAAGAGUCCUGUGUCCGAUCCUCCGGGCGUACACCUGUCCUCUCUGCAGUGCCAACGGAGACAACGCGCACACCAUCAAGUACUGCCCGCUUUCUAGAGACCAGCCGAGCCAGAGAGUGGCAAAGGGAGGCAGACCCAUUGGGAAAAGGAUGAAAAUCUUCUAAGCGAGGAGAUGAAUGAAGUUUGAGUUGCACUGUAUAUUACUAGUGUGUAUGGCAGUGAUUUUUUUGCCCCCCCAUUUCAUGCACAAGACAAGUCUGGAGAGAUUUUAAGAAUUUUUUUUUGUAUGUGCUUCAUUUGUAAUAUCUUAUCUUGCAACUCUAUGGCAAGGCAAGGCAAGGUUAUUUAUAUAGCACAUUUCAUACACAGAGGCAAUUCAAAGUGCUUUACAUAUAUAAAAACAAGAUAAAAGAACACAAAGUGCAUAAGAUAAAAAACAAAUAAAAGAAUAUUAAAGAAAAAAAUUAAAAGGAUAAUAAAAACAAUCAAAAGACAGUAAAGUGCAGCAUUUGAUCAAUUAGGAAAAGCGUCUGAGAACAGUUUUUGGUCUUGAGUCUAGAUUUAAAAGUGGCCACUAUUGGUGCAUCUUUGAUCUCAUCUGGAAGUUUGUUCCACAGUUGAGCAGCGUAGCAGCUAAAAGCAGCCUCACCAUGUUUCCUUCCGACCUUGGGUACUACUAAUAGAUGUUUUCCCAGUGACCUUAGAGGUCUAGUAGGUGUGUACUGCUGAAGCAUAUCUGAGAGGUAAUUUGGACCCUUUAGUGAUUUGUAAACAAGCAGUAGUGUUUUAAAGUCAAUUCUGUGACUUACUGGGGGCCAGUGUAGGGACUUAAGUACUGGAGUGAUGUGAUCAGUUCUUUUGGUUUUUGUUAGAAAUCUAGCAGCUGCACAUAGUUUACACUUGGACGCAUUACGCGCAAUAUCUCCCCCCCUUCCCAGCACUCUUGGUGAUCAAAGAUGAACCAAAGUAAACUGUACAGAUCGACCUGUGAAUGAACACCUUCAUGCUGUUAUAAUCAGAAGUUGCUGUUUCAAGAAGCACAGUGCCAGAGCAAACAGAACCUGUGCAUGUCUAGGUGCCAACAUAAAUGAAUAUGCAGCACUCCUGAUAUGAGAUGAAUGUUUAGUCCCGUUAUUGGCCCCAUGGAUGUAAGAGGUCUUACCAGAGGCCAUGCAAGAUAUACUUCUUUAUAUCGAGCACAGUUUUUCUACCAAAGGAAUACACUUUUGUAUUGAAACUUAGCCUAAAUUUCUGUAUUGUUUAUAUGUUGGAUGUCUUAUGUGGUUUUAUGUGGAUAGUAUUUUGCAGAUUUCAACUGAAUGUAAAACAGUGACACGCAGUUCACCUACAUGCUCUUCAAGUAGCUCCAAGCUCUCAUUAUUAGUUCAGUUUCCUGUUCAAAAACACAGAUGCUGAAUAUUUUUUUGUUUUUUUUCACGUGGAAGUAUAUUCCUGCAAUUCUUGUAAAUGUAUAAAAUAGGUGAACGAUUUUAGCAAUGAAAAGCCUGACAUUCCAAAGUCUUUUUCUGUCAAUAGAAAAUGUUUUAUGUACUUAUUUUUACCUUAUGUAUCAUUGGGAAAUAUAUUCACUGUAAAUGACUCUGAAUAAACAUGUAAUUUGCA